UCAAAAAAGAAAAAAGAAGUUCUCAGACUCUCACUACCUACGAAAAAACAAACACUUUACACAAAUCCAACUCUCACUCUCCCACUGAUUUGGAUCACUUGUAUAAACCCUAUAAAUAAAUAUUUUUGAAACUUCCCCCCAAUUUUCUAUUCCUCCAUUUUCACAUUUUUCUCUCUCCUUUUUUUCAAGAACUGCUAUUAAUUUGACUUAAAUGUUUCCGGAUCUAACAUUUCUCCAUUCUUUCCAAUAGAAUCUUUUUUUUUCUGGGAAAGAAUAAUCCUUUCAAUUUUACUGCUCUGAUUCUCAAUCCAACUUAACACAGCCUGUACUAAUCCGUACUUCCCAAUUAUAAUCUUGUCAAAUUACAGUUCAUUACUUAAAGAUAUAUGGGUUUUUAUGUAGGUUUGGAAUUUCUUCAAUUUUUCUGAUUAUUCAAGUUUGAAACUUUGAAUGCACAAUGGAUUUAUCAACUCACCCAUCUCGAUUUGCACCGUCACUGCUCUUUGCUCCCUUGUUAGUCCAUUGCUCUUUACUGGUGCUGAAUUUUGAGAUGGGAGUUGUAUCGAAGGGCACUGUGUCUUGCAUACCAAAGUUUGGGGGUUGUCUAUGGUGACCUUAGCACGUCCCCUAUUUAUGUCUACAAGAGUACAUUCUCGGGGAGCUUGCGGCUUUACGAAGAUGACCUUGAAAUAUUUGGUGUUCUUUCUUUGGUAUUCUGGACACUGACUCUAAUCCCUCUUUGCAAGUACAUCAUCUUUGUUAUAUCAGCAGAUGACAAAGGAGAAGGUGCUGACAUUAAAUUAUCUAAGUGGAACUUUUGCAUUGUAUUCUCUGCUUUGUCGGUUUUCCAAAAUGGGACUUUUUUAUCCUUCCCAAAUGGGACAUGCUCAUCCAUCUUUUUAUGAAAGUGGUACUUCUAAGAAAGAGACCAAGUGCAGCUUGGCUAUUAAAGAAUUCUUUGAGAAGCAUCGCUACUCACGUGUUGUCCUGUUGCUAGUGGUUCUCCUAGGGACAAGCAUGGUAAUUGGUGAUGGGAUUCUUACUCCAACAAUGUCUGUCCUAUCUGCAGUCUCUGGCUUAAAAAUUAAGAUCCCUCAUUUAAAUGAGUAUUGCACUGUCAGCGUGGCCUGUGUAAUAUUGUUGGUCAUAUUUUCUCUUCAGAAAUAUGGGACUAGCAGAGUGGGCUUUCUCUUUGCUCCUAUUCUUGUAGCUUGGCUCUUCUGCGUUGGUGGAGUAGGGCUAUACAACAUAAUUCACUGGAAUCCUGGGGUCAUCCGUGCAGUUUCACCAUAUUAUGCGUACAAAUUUUUCAAAGUAACGGGUAAAGUGGGGUGGCACUCACUUGGUGGUAUUGUGCUUUGUAUUACAGGUGCUGAAGCAAUGUUUGCUGAUCUUGGUCACUUCUCUCAGCUUUCUUUGAGGAUUGCAUUUGCAGGGUUUGUCUAUCCCUGUUUAGUUCUUGCAUACAUGGGCGAAGCUGCUUAUCUUUCUGAGCACAGGGAAGACCUGCAAAGUAGUUUCUACAAGGCAAUACCUGAGCCCAUCUUCUGGCCAAUUUUUGUGAUCGCUACUCUUGCAACCGUUGUUGCCAGUCAAGCAAUAAUAUCUGCAACAUUCUCGAUAAUAAGUCAGUGCAGGGCUUUAAAGUGCUUUCCACGUGUAAGAAUAGUGCACACAUCUGAUGAUAUAUAUGGUCGGAUAUACAUACCAGAGGCAAAUUGGACAUUAAUGGUGCUGUGUCUGGCUGUUGUCUUGGGUUUCAGGGACACAGAUAAAAUAGGCAAUGCUUACGGUCUGGCUGUGAUCUCUGUAAUGUUUGUAACAACCUGUUUAAUGUUCCUCAUCAUAGUUACUGUGUGGAGAAGAAAUGUAGUUGUGGCUAUCAUUUUUGUGUUAGCGUUUGGAUCAAUUGAGCUCUUCUAUAUGUCAGCCUGUCUGGCGAAGAUACAUCAAGGAGGCUGGGUUCCUUUGGUUUCUUCUUUUGUAAUAUUAUGUUUGAUGUCAGUAUGGAAGUAUGGUACCGUGAAGAAACUGGCCUUCGAGCAUCAAAACAAGGUGAGCUUGGAGAGAUUUUUUACUCUUGGCCCAAGCCUUGGUGUUCUGAGGGUACCUGGAAUCGGUCUGAUAUACUCUAAUGUCACCUCUGGGGUCCCGCCAAUGUUUGCUCACUUUGUUACAAACUUCCCUGCAUUCCACCAAGUCCUCAUCUUCGUCACGAUUGAAACAUUACUAGUUCCCACUGUUCCUGUUAAUGAGCGUCUGGAGAUUGGUGGGGUUGGUCCUCAAGAACUCCGUAUCCUUCGUUGUACGGUGAGGUAUGGAUACAAGGACAUCAGAGACACUUAUGACUUUGAGUCCAAACUGAUUGAGGAGGUAGUGGAGUUCCUACAACGUAAAGCCAAUGAUGGUGAAGCGCCGACACCUAGUCCACCUCUGAACCACAUGACUAAUGGAGAUAGAGUAAGUGAGGGUGGUGGUAUCGCUCUUGGUAGGAGAACUAGAAGAGUUAGGUUUAGAGAUCCAGAGCCAAAUGGCGAUGUUGAGAAACUUAUGGAGGCGAGGAAAGCUGGAGUGGCUUACAUGAUAGGCAAUACUUGUGUAGUAGCAAGAGAGGAAUCAUCAUACAUAAAGAAAAUUGCCAUUAACUUGAUAUACAGGUUCUUGAGGCAGAACUGUCGAAGACCCGCUGUUGCUCUUGGAAUCCCGCAUACAUCACUGAUUGAAGUAGGAAUGGUUUACUAUAUAUGACAAAUGAUGCUUGAUGUUACGCUGGUGGAUGCUUGCAGUUGCCUUAUUUUUUUGUAACACGUCAUUUACGUAUAAAAGUGAGUGAUUUGCAGGGGGUAACUGUGUUUGGCUACAAAUAGUUUUUUUUAUAUUGUGUGUACAGAUAAUAUGUGCUAGUUAUCGGAGAGACUGCUUGACCUUCAACUGACUAAUGUUCCCAUGUGAUUACAAAUCUUGAAUUUGUUUUAUAGAAUGUUCUAUGUAAUUAUUGUUUCUUCAAA